GGUUGAUUGAUCCAGGCUGGGCUCUGUGCGCUCAUUGGCCGCUCGGUUCGCUCGGCGGUUGAUUGGUGAUGUCGCUCGGGCCCUGGCUCGGUUCGGCCCGGAUGCCGUGAGAUGGCCGCCGCCGGUCCAACGGAAACCUGGAGCCUGAGGAGGAGAGGGGGGACCCAGGAGAGACUGACACUGCCCGAGGGGGAGGAGGUCACCAUAGGCCGAGGCCUAGGCGUCAACUACCAGCUGACCUCCACCGUCUGCCCACUUAUGAUUUCACGAGUACACUGCAUUUUGAAACAGAAUGCGGAUGGUCUGUGGACCAUCACUGACAACAGGAGUUUGAAUGGGGUAUGGCUGAAUAAGACCAAGCUGGAACCGCGUAAAGCAUAUGUAUUGAGUGAGGGGACCUGCGUCCAGUUAGGGGUUCCACUGCCAAACACAAAUAACAUUGAAUUUGAAUAUGAUGUGGUUAAGGAAUCGCUGGGACAGGCAUGCUCAGACCUGGAAAUCCCAGGAAAGUCCAUGGGACCACGGGUAAAGCGGAAAUUUAAUCCUGAGGAAUCCGAGGACCCUGGAACUGAAGGUUCAUCAAAUCCUUUUAAAGUGAAGAUUUACCGGAUCAGUAGGGGUGUUGGUGAGUCAGAAAUAUCACCCUGUAGGAUGGACCUGGCCAGACAGUGUACUGGGAAAGUUGGGGCCAUGGAGCAACCUGAUAUAGAAGAUCUCUCCCCCACUCAGCAGCAGUGUCGCAGCACCUUACAGCUCAGCAAAGUGAGGCAAACCAUGGAGGAGAUACGGAGACUCAAUGUGCAAAUGCAGGUGAAGCAGCAGGAGAUGCAGGAAAAGAUGAAUGCCCCCGGGCACAGCAAACGGGCAGAUUCCAAGGAUCUUCUCCUGGUACAGAAAGAACUUCACGAUCUCCAGAACCAGCUGAGUAAUGAAAGAGUGGAACAUCUCCACCGGGUGCAGGAACUGAAACAGAUUUUUGCGGAACAGCAGCAGAAGCAGGGAGAACGGAAGCAGGCUGAAGAGGAACAAUUAAAGGAACAACUGGCCCAAGCGCUACAAGAGCAUACGUUACUCAUGGAGGAAUUGAAAAGCAAUAAGAAUAAUUUUGAGCAAAUUAUUCAAGCUAAGAAUAAAGAGCUUGAAGAAACCAAGCAAGAGAAGGAGAAAGUUCGAGCGCAGAAGGAGGAGGUUCUGAAUCACAUGAAUGACGUACUCGAUAAUGAGUUGCAGUGUAUCAUCUGCUCCGAACAUUUCAUUGAGGCUGUAACUCUGAGCUGCGCACACAGCUUCUGUUCCUACUGCAUCGCACAGUGGAGGAAACGGAAGGACGAGUGUCCCAUCUGUAGACAGGACAUCUGCUCCCAGACCCGAUCACUUGUGCUGGACAACUGCAUUGACCGCAUGGUGGAUAAGCUCAGCCCGGAGAUGAAGGACCGCAGAACUUCUCUUAUCAUUGAACGUAAAGCGCUGAAUCCCAUGAAAGAAGUGAUCCCCAUCUUAACAGACAGCGACAGCAACAGCUUGGACCCUUUCUCCAGCAGCGAUGAGUUGGACGAUGAGUUUGAAGGGGAUUUUGAUGAUGUCCCUUCAGGGUCUGAUGACGAGGAUGAUGACUUUUUAUUCCUAUGAUAAGCGCUAUGAUGUCAGCUUUGAUUGAAGAUGCUCCGGGCAAAUAUCAGUGCUUGAGUAAACCUAAUAAACUUUGGGAAGACCAGUGCCAUGUUUGUGCUGUUUCCAAAAUUUGAGAACAUUUGAUUUUCUUUUCCGCUGUAUUUAUCUUCUUUGCAUCAUGCUGCAGACCCAUUGGCGAUGAGGCCCUCUUCUCUGCGAGAAAGGGUGGACGUUCAGAUUUUUUUUAAUGUCUGCAAUUCUGCCAUAAAAAUGCCAUUGUUCAUGGUGGGGGCCAGGGCGAUGGCAGUGACCAUACCUCACAGGUUCACGGGGAAGCGAGGGUUUGUCUUUUUCUUUGUAUGUUUUAUUUUUUUAUGUUUCAUAUUUCUUGUAUUUUUUUUCUUUAAAUCUUGUCAUGAAAUUUACUUGUAGAUUUUGUAAUCACUUUCUGUGGUUGGCAUAACAAUGGUAUUAUGGAAUCAAUUUGAAUGCCCCUUUUUAUUAAAAUAAUAGAGAAAACUAGGACUGGGCUUUCUGUAAUGGUAAUAGGCUGCUUGAUGUCACGGAUGCUUAGUACAGGAGUAUCCACCUCAGCCAGCCAUUGUCUCUGUUAUACCAUGACAGAUGCCACUUAUGUGCUGUAAGCAUUUGUUUUGUAGUAACUGUCAGGAAGUAAUUGUAAUGUAAAUCCUCAUUUGUGCGGAGUACUGGCAUAUAGGAAGCCAUGCAUGCCCAGGACACCCUCCGGGGGGCAUGAAGAAGAGCUUCCAGCUCCUAAACCAAAGGUAUCUUAUUUAUUUUUUCCCAGACCUAGCCAGCUCAUCUGGUAUUAGCGGCUUCUUACACACGUGAUGCAGCCGUGUAGGUGGGUAAGCUGGAAAUCCCCAUCGCUGCCAGUACUGGGGCUCCUAGAGACAGGUUGUGGGUUCCAGGACAGAACGUUCCUUGGAGCAGAUACUGGGUCACAAUAGGCUAGGGGGUGUCUCUCUUCCUUACUUUCAGAGCAGGAUUUAAAAGACUGGAAAGGGUUAAAUAGAAUCGUUCCAAAUCCUUUAUACCAGACAUUGUAUUGUGGCAUUAAAAUGAUAUUGUAAUGAAA